AGAUAUCUUUUCACAACAGUGUGGGCUGGAACAAAUAUAUUGUUGCACAAGUUUGAAGUGCAUCCAGAGAACUCUUUUUCCACAGUUUCUAUUCUGGAUUAAUAUCUAGAGGGUGUUUUUUUAAUGUCUAAUAUGUAAGAGGAUCACCGUGAGGGAAAUUUUUUUAACGUUUCAUCCAUUGAAGAGGCGUCCAGAGGGCAUUUACAAUGUUUCAUAUGCAGGUAGUACUAUUUCUACAUUUUUUAAAACUGGAACAGGAUUCAGGUAUAUGCAUGUUUAGACCAGAGGUGGUCCUGUGGGCUCUUUAAUGGUGUAAGCUGAAUUUGAUGUGUACUGGUUGGUCAAGUCAGAAAUACUGACAGUUUGGCUGUUAUGUUGCCACCCAGUUUAACAAGUUAUCUAGGUUAUUUCUGUUUUUACCAGAUAACGCUGCAGUAGGCCUGAAGGUCAGCAGCAAAAGUAUUGACAAUGACAAAGUGACAGUAUUGAAAAUGACAAAAAUAUCCCCAACAGAAAAUGAAAACUGCACACAUGAUUGACAAAUAAUUCCAUAAAAGUUGAAAUCCAUGAAAUAAGAGGUUGAACCCUUGCACUGAACUCUACAUGUCACUAUCUCUUCAGAAGCGUCUGAUUUUACUGUCAAAUCAGCCCGCUAUGAACACAACACCUAAACAGUAGAAAUAAAAAUGGUUUUUACAGUAUUUCACAUUCUUCAUUUAAUUUGCAUUUGGGUUCUGGAUUCACCUAGAGGGGGUGCCAGAGAUCUGUUCAUCUGCACUGAGGUUGUCAGAGGAAAAUUCACCCAUAUUUACACAAGUUAUUAUAACACACUUGUGAGAAAUUUCUACCUGUGGUUAUAGCUCUGUUAAAGAUUAAAAAAAAUGUUCCUAUCUUGUUUUGGUUAGAAAAUUAAAAUUAAAAUUGAUGGGGUUUUUUUUCAGUAAUGCGUCACUUCUCUGCUUUUUUGAGAUACAAGGGGAAAAAAAGAAGGUUAACGUUGGUUUAAUGCAAACCAAUUUGGCAUCUUUGCACUGGUCACCUGUUACAUUUAGGAUAUGUUUUACAGCCCUUUUACUUGUUUUUUGUAAAGCACAAAAUGGUCUAGCACCUGCAUAUCUUCCAGAUUACUUGUAGCAGUAUGUUUCAAACUGUUCACUGAUCCCACCACAGUGACUUUUAGUGUGGGGGGAAAAACUAUUGGCUGAAAGUUUUGCAAGGAAGCAGAUUAGACAAGCAAGCAAUGUUUCUUCCACACUAUUUGUGGGGGUUUAUAUUCAUAUUCUUUAUAUAUAUAUAUAUAUAUAUAUAUAUAUAUAUAUAUAUAUAUUCUCUUUAACUUUGCCUAAUUUCUUUAGUUUUAUCUAAUUUAUCAUUUCCUCAUGGAAAUGCAAUCAGACCGAGACGCUAAGGCAGAAGAACUACACCGUCUGCAGUGCAGAAUGAUUAAUAUGGUAAUUAUUACUUCUUGGAAAUGAUAAAGUAAUGAUCUUAAAUGUUCUUCCUUGAGCUUUGUCAACCCACUGUAGUCCGUAAUGGACUGGCCUGAGGUCUCGCUACAAACAAGUGGCUGCUAAAAGAGAGUAGGUGAGUUGUGUUUCGUCUCUUUGCUAAAGAAAUUAGGCAAAGCUAAAAAGAUGUUUGGUGGCUAGUACUAUGGCUGGGACCCUAUAUGUACUGUUGAUGAAGUUAGGUGCUGUUCUGAGCAUUAUUUGUUGCUAUAGAGUGGCUUUUUAGUUGAGGUUUGUUUUUGGCUCCUCAGACCGCUGUGUAUUGCUAUCGUGCGGUCGUUACUAAAGUUGAUAUAAGUAGAGAAGCAAGCGGUUGGCAACGUUCAUCUCUCGAGGGGGUGUCUAACUCGGUGUUAUGGUGUGUUUGACCCUAAAUUAAUUCUACGCCGGAAUAUCCCUUUGAUACGCUAAAGAAAAAAGCAGGCAAGAUAAAGAGGAAAUGAGGGUACUUUUCUCAGAGUGGCUUCACCAAGCAAGGAGGCAGACGCUGUCCAUUCUAUAUACAGUCUAUGGCUGUGUCCGAAAUGGAUCCCUAACCCCUAUAUAGGUCACUAUAUGGGCCAUUUGAGGGGUGUCCAAAACCUGAGUAAUCAAUUCCAAUGCACCAUAUAGGCGACUCAAAAUUUCCCAUCGAGCAUUGCAAAAUGUAGUGACCAUCCGAUGGUCGCCCACUGGUGGUGGGCAUCCCGUCAUGCAUUGUGUCUCCAGCGGCAAUUCAAAGAUAGAGAUGACGAGAGCAAGAAGAGACAGAACCCGAGCUUUAUUUGCCAUUUUCAGCAAGUUUUUUAUCUUCACUCGCAAGUGAUCCGUACAUUUUUCGAAAAACAAUUGUUUGCUUGCGUCAUAUAGUCUUGUGCACAAUAUGACGCAGCAAACAAUAUUCGGCAUGAAAAUAUAAGGCCUUUUAAAUGAAUUAUUAAUAUAUUGUUUUUUAUUUAUCUUUUUAUUUCACGAACAUCCUGGAAAAAACAAAUACAUCUAUACAACAUCAUAAAAUUCAAGGGAUGUAAAAACAACAGCCCCAAACUUCAGACGCGGCAGUCUGAGCAGUGACGUCACAACGGUGAGCCAUGUAGUGUCCGAAACCUCUGGUGAUUCAGCUUACCACAUAGUUAGCUAUAUAGUGAAACCCGGUGGCGGCUGCUGGUCUUUCAAGGAGGGGAAGCUCAUUUUUCUGGCCUACAUCAUAAUUGUGUUUGUUUAUUUGUAUGUAACAGAACAGAGUCGCCAAACACAACAGCAGUCGUUUUAAACAAAGACAAAAGUCGCUGAGGAUCGGUAAAGUCUCUGGAGCAGUUAAGAACAACGGAAUGAAUAACUUGGAAAAUGCUCUGGUAGAUGUUUUAUUCUUCAAGAUCGCUGAUUCGCUUGUUUAGCUGUCAUUCAAAAAAAGGUUUCGCCACAGACAGCUCAUCCAAUCAUGGAUGCAGAAGCUCAGCGUCCGCAAGAAAGUUGGGACCGCCCUCUCGUCAUAGAACUCCAGAGACGCUGAGCGUCCGAUGGGCGGGACAAAGCCCAGCAUUUAUCCAAUGAGCAUCUAGUUUCGCUGAAUCAGCUUCUUAUCACAGUGUGAUAAGAAGCUGAUUCUGAACAAAAGAUGAAGGCUUUCUAGCGCGUAUUUAGUUAAUGAAAUGUUCACACAGCAGUACGUAUUUCACCACUUUUUCUUUUUUUGGGGGGGGGGACAUUGUAAGGGAAGCUGAGCUUCCCUUGCAGUCUUAGAGCAAUCGCCACUGGUGAAACCCCAUAUGGGGGUUAGGGGUUAGGGAUUGAGUGAUUCAUUUCAGACACAGCCUAUGUUCCAUACAUAGAAACAACGUUUCCAGGCUCAAACUUUCCUCCUGCUGUCUUUGAACUGUCAAAUAUAUCACUUUAAAGGUUCUUACACACCAGGACCGUUUUUGUCGUGCGAUUAUUUCGGACGUCAUUUUUUUUUUUUUACAUCAGCGAUGUUUUGCCGUUCUGCGGUAUUGCAGCAUUUAUUUUUUCGGAUCAUGGUCGAUUUUUCAUAAAUUUUGCUGACUGUAUGUCCACUUCUGACCAAUCAGAUUGUGUGUUGUUGCAACGUCUGAUUCACCGGUUGAUUAUUUUCGUGUCGGAGAACAGAGUACUUUUUGAUAAAAAACACAAAUAUUACAAAGAUAACAACCUGAAGGACAUCUUGUGGAGAGUCAUAGUGUCGGAUUUCUCGAUAGUGACGAUAGUUUGUGUGCUUUAACAGUUUGCUAAACGUCUUUGUUUUAACUUUCAUCUUUGCUAACGUAAGCUAAAGGUUGUUACCAUAGUUUCAUGUGCUUAUCUGGUACUGGCCCCGACUCAGUAUUUCCUAUCAUGACAGACAGCCAUCUCAACACUAGUGUCUAAUCAGAACUGACAACAAUCAGCAACCGUGGUACAGUUUCAGCUCCUGAACCAAGCACCAAGUUCUCUUCUUUUUUUUAAAUAUUGGAUGCAUCCAUGUGCUACAUUUCUUUUUCCUUUGAGAAAACAAAAGGAGUACCAAUUUACCAUCACUUGAAGCUGAAGUAGACUCCAUUUUUGUCUUCUUGUUUCCAGUCGGGUAGCUGGUUGUUAAGGAAAGGUCCUGCCCUCCUUCGCCUCUGAUUGGCAAGUGUUUGGCUUGAGCGUGUGAUGACGUUUCCAGCUUUUCUAGCCAAUCAGAGGCCAAGGAGGCGGGACUUUCCCCCGGAAAAGUCUUCCCCGGGAUGUGUCUUACCCCCAGAAAGUCGCAAAAUCGUAUCGGCCUUGAUGUGUAUAGUCAGGCGUGUCAAAAUUCGCCUCUGAAUAUUUCGUGAUUUCGCAUUCUAUAUUUGCGUCAGCCCAGGUGUGUAAGGACCUUUAAUUAGUAUUUUCUGAAGAAAAAGAAAGAUAAGCUUUGUUUUAGGGUGAUGCCAAACAUUUAGCCUGACACCUACCCUCUCACAGUUUUUUUUAAGCAUUAAAAAAUAAAGCAAAAUAAUUGUCAGUCCUUUUACGUACGAUUUCCUCGGCUUUUGUUAAUUCACAGAGAGGCAUCACUGCAGAUUUCAGUCUAUUUCGUUACCAGUCAAAAACUCCUUACUGCAGCUUUAAAUAAGAAAUGAUCGUGGAGGAGCUUUAAAAUGAAGGUGCAUCAAACGGGGCUGCUUUUGGGACAUGUACACUCACCCUGAUAUUGGACAGCCCCCCCCUCCCCUAACUCACUUCUGUGCUGCAGUGAGAGACGCUGUGAUGACGUCAGGAGUGGUGCAGGAAGAUGGGGCGCGCGAGGGAUGAGGGAGACAUCAACAUAAGAGAUCUGCGUCGACCAUGAAACGGUAAAGCGGAUUAACAAAUACAGGCGUUAAUUCGGACACUCUAGACAUGAUACCUCAGUUAAAACCCUAAUCGGUUUGGAUAUUGAUUUUAAAAAGAUGUACAUUGACGCCAGGAGUGGACGGAGAAUGGCUGCGUAACAUGGUAUUUCCAUGUCAAAACAAACGUAUGUGUUGCUUUUUAUCACCGCGGCGGUUGGCCGUGGUAAACUAAACAUGGCAGUCUUCUCUCGUGAGCUUUUUUAGUUUUUUUAUUUGGAUAAAUUACCAUGAAGAACGGUUACCUCGCUCAGGAAAUUGUUGCUGUGAUAUUGACUUGUAAAAUCGUGUGAUGGGUUUCCAAAUUCGGUACUAUGAAAACAAUGGCUUUAUGAAACAGUUAUGAAAAGACGGUGAGAGGAUGAGAGCUUUUUUCUCUUUCCUCUUUCCUGCCAGGUAUGAUGACAGACAGUCACAGUAGUGUGUCGGUACACCGCUCGAUCAGACAGCAUGGGGCCCAAGAUCAGCGGCAAGGUAAGCCUUUUCCUUUGUAUUGUCUCUUUGUUCAGAGUGAAGACAUUUACACCAAUGCAUGACUUUGUAAAAAAUAAAAGGUUCCUCAUGUGUUAAAAUACUCCAACUCAAAAGUCCUGACAGUUAUCCUUAAUCAGGGGUAAGACUUGUGUUAAGAUCAACUAUUCAGAGUGUGAGUUCAGCUUUAAGUGUACUUUUUCUGGUACUUAAAAUUAAUACCUGAGACAUCCGUCCAUUUGAACGUCGAAAUGUUUAAGCAAAGAAUGUUGUCACCCUGUUUUACUUUUUACAUUGAGGACACAGGGAAAUGGAAAGAAUUAUUUUAGUAGAUGAUCGGUGGCGAUAGCAGGGUACAACAGCACAAAGUUGAACAUAGUACACAACUUAAUUACAAGCAGAUACUCCUCGUCAAAUGUUAAUACUGAGAUGCUUAGUCAAAUGACUGAAAAUUACUUCACGUGGUUAAGAAUACUUAAUAAUACUUAGUGCAUAUGGUAUAUAAAUGUGGAAAAACAAGUGACAUGUGGAAUGCAAUAAUUUUGUUUUUAAAUAAAAUGUUGGGUACACUCUUGAUCAAAAACCCUUCAGUAUGUCUUUUGGGUUAAAUACCAAAUAAUACCCAUAUGCCAAAACACAGAAAAUCAUGGUGUCACUUAGCCAUGUUAACAGGAUACAGGAUAACUUUACACCACUGGAAAUCUUCCACCUCGUCCACUUUUAGGAAGUGGAUAGAGGCACUGAGCUCAAUGGCAGGCUAUGACCGGAUCUCUUUUAGAGUGGCUGGUAGGGAGGAUCUGUUUAAUGAAAUAUGGGGCACAUUCCUAGCUCAAUUGCGGGAUGUGAAAGAUUGACACUGCCUACCUCUAGAUAAUAUUUCUUUUUUGCAUGUUUUUUAAUGCAGGAUACUGUAUUCCACUGUAUACAUGUAUACUAUGAGUACUUCCUAGGGUGUAUUAUUAUUAUUAUUAUUAUUAUUAUUUUAUUUUUUAAUUUAUUUAUUUGUUUUUAUUUAUAUUUUUUAUUUAUUUAUUCAUAUUUUUGUGUAAGUCUGGCUUGUUUGUAGGUUUUUGCUGGACUGCAGACUCAUAUCUGUGUCUAGAAUGUGUGUUCUUGUUCGUAAAGUUAAAGUAUAAGAAAUAAAAGAUGUGACAGACUAUGAAAAAAGAGGGAAAAAAAACAAUAUAUUUCAGGUUUUUUUUUUAACUAAUAAGUGUAUAUGUUUUUCUCUGUAUGUGUCUGACCAAAAGAUCAAUAAAAAAAGAACACUUAAUAAACAAAACUAAAAUAAUAAGACCAGAACUGAGACAAUAAAUCAUCGAAUAAAAAUGAUAGCCAAGUUACUCCAAGCACUGACAACUUUGUUUAUCUGGUGUAAAACUACAUAACUCCACUUACUUUCUCAGGUCAGACGACAAAGUUUUGAUUGCAGGGAUGAAGUUUGUGUGCCGUAAACAGAGGGACCAUUAAAAAUUAUACACAUGGUUCUUAAUUUUGAGGUGUCAGACAUGGGCUUAAGAUAUGAUCAUCUGUGCUCAGGUGGAGUAUCAUCAUCCCUCUCUGCUUUGGCCAUUACUACUACCACUUACCAAACCGCUUGUUUCAAGUGCGUUUGUUCUGCAUUCAACCAUCAAGAUGCAUGACCCACUUAGACAAACUGCAUGCAGCAGCACUAAAGAGCACAGUUGGUCUUUUGGUUUGGUGUUAGAAGAGAAAAGGAAAUAGAAUUCACCAAGUGGCAUCAGAGCAAAAGUAACAAAAACAUUGAACGAUGUAAUAUUUGUCUUUCAGAUAUAGUGGAAUAAAAGUAAUGAGCAUCCCUAAAAAUUAAACUCAGGUAAAUUACAGAUACUCAAAAAAUGUCUGGAAGUACAUUACUCAAGCAAAUUUACUUUAUAACUGUCCACCCCAGUGAAAGACGAUGCCAAAGUUGGUUUUGGCUUAAAGUUUCAGCCUGGCUUAACCCCCAAACAUUUAAAAAAUUGUAUAAGAAACAAAAGAUAGCAUGUGAUAAAUGUGUAUAAAUUUCUGUUAUAAUAAACAUAAGUUAUACUAAAGUCAGUUUAAAAAAAGAUUGGUAAGGGUCAUAGGUUGAUCAUAUGUUUCAUGUAGAUUUUUGGUAUAUAAGAUGUAUGUAAGAAAAGUAGAUUUGGAGGAUAUAGAUAUUUGAGUACCCUCUUUGAAGAGCUGUGAUGCAUAAAAAUAAUGAUAUAUACCUGCCGGUGUGUGCUGAGGACAAAUAGAAAUUGCAGGGUAACUCAGGAUAUGAUACGAUACAAUUCCAUACCUUACAAUAUGACAUGAUGAAUUUUAAUAUGAUAUACAAUAUGAUAUAGUUUAUUAUUUGAUAUAAUAUACAAUACUUUAGGGAAAGAAUACUGUAAAAUAUGAUACAAAACAACAUGAUAUAAUAUGAAAUGAUAUGAUCCGAUAUAAAAUAUGAUAUACUAUACAAUAUACGACAUGAUAUGUUAUGCAAAUGAUACGAUAUGAUAUAGGGUACAAAAGAUACAAUACGAUACAAAAAGAUACGAUACGAUACAAUACAGAAUAAUUUGAUAAAUCAUAUGAUAUGAGACCAAACUUUACCAUGCAAGACAAUAAAACACAAUAUGAUUCGACAUAUGAUAAAAAAGUAACAACAUGAUGGGAUAUUGUAUCAGAAUACAAUACACUACAAAUUAAACAACACUACUGGUUUGCAUCACUCCUUUUUUUAUGUUUUAUGAUCUUUACAGCAGAACAGUCUUGAGUAACAUAUCACUGUCUUUGUUCUCACCGCAGGGGCAACAAAGCCACAGGAUGGUUAUCUUGGCAGCCAUCUUUGUCUUGAUGACACUCCUCAUCCUGUACGGCUCCAACAAUGUCACUGAUGACGUCUAUGCUCCCUUCCAUGUGGCCACAAAUCAUGCUCUAAUGACUACAGAUUUGAAGAAGUGGGCUGGCAGGGAGGGUUAUGUUCCAGUCAGCGGAAAUAAGGUACAUUUUGGGAUCUACACAAACAAAGGAGUACGGAAACAAUACCCUCUUAGAAACUAAGUGUAAAAUCCCAGUACUGUGCAACCAGCUCACAUAAUACCAAUCAGGGAGUUAUACAUUAAGGAGCAUAAAGUUAUAGAUCAAAAACGCAUUUAAACAGGAUGAGAAAGUUGUUCAGCUGCUUCCUGAGAUUUCAAACACCCCCUUGUACUGGACCUGUAUUGUCUCUGUGCCUGUUAUGUAACUUUGAGACAAUGAGUAUGUAGCUAUGCCAGUAGCUCUGUGCUACUGUGUGUUUGAUGGCGCACACAUUAAACCGUCACCUCCUUUAAGCUUGGGAUGCCAGCAUUUUCCCAUUUGCUUGAGUACAGCUGAGCCCAAAGAGUGUGAUUAGUUUUGAACUAUAUCAAAGUAACAGGUAAAUGGGAAGCACUUUGAAGGUGUUUCUGGGCUUGAACUAGUCCAGACUUCACGUGCUGCAUGUUGUAACACCCAUUAACACACAAACAAUGAAAUAUGCAUCUGUUGUGAUUUAAUUAUCAAUUGCACAAACUCACACACACACCCAGUUCAUGGCCAUCAAGGGAACUCAGUUGUUCAUUCUAAAAGUCCAAGUCUAUGAAGUCACUUCAAAUAGGUCUACAACCCCAGUUCUAUGAUUGUUGAUUGUUUUAUAAUAAAACUUAAUAUAAUGUCUUUUUAAUAUUUGAUGCCAGCAACUCGUUUCAAAAAAGUUUGGACAGGGCAUGUUUACCAUCAAAUUGCAUCAUCUCUUCUUUUAACAAUGCUCUGUAAACUUUGGAGGAAACCCUGUCUCUGGGGGUUUGAUACAGAAUCUCAACAGUAAGGGGGUUUCCAUCAUCAUAUUUUUGGUUUAACGGUGCACUGGAUGUUUUCAUUGAGUAAUGUUGCGCCCCACCCAAAGGCGGCCCUAUGUGACUAACAACUGUGCUCAUAUUUAAAACGCUCACCAGCAGUGGUUUCAUUUUCAUUUGGUAAUUGAGAGUGUUUUUAAGCUUGUGCAGUUGCUGUGCAAGUGGAGCAUAUCAGUAAGUUAGGGCUGUUUACUAGCCAGUUUAGCACUAGGUAGGACUGGGCAAUAUGGGAAAAAGUUUAUCAUGAUAUAUAUUUUUUCAUAUCAGUCAAUAUCGAUAUAUAUCACAAUAUAAAAAAUGAAAUUUAACAGUGCUUAUUGGUAGCAUAUCUUUUGCAAUACCACAAGCUACUGCAUCUGUGCGGUCUUUGUGUCUCUUCGACAUUUUGUUGUGAGGCGUUGUGCUGUUAAAGUGCUAUGGUUGCGCGUAGUUGCAGUCUGCUACUAUGCAGUUGUUUGCUACUUGGAGCUAAUUCAUCACAUAAUUGGUUCAGUGCAAAGUGGACCCGGAGAAACUUCCUUUCGCAUUGGCUAUUCAUCAGGGGUGGGAGAAAAAAAUCGAUUCGCAUAAGUAUUGUGAUUUUUUGUUUUACAAUUUUUGAAUUGUUUUAUCUUCAGAGGGUGAUUUUUUUUCCAAAUUUAGGAAUAAAUUUUAAAAACUGACUUAGAUGUGAUGUGUAUAUUUUGUGGAAAUAUGGUUCCUGGAAUAGUCAGUAGACAAUCGUAAUCAUUCAACUGUUUCAUUGGUGUUAAAAAUGCAGACUAAAAAUCAAGAAAAUCGACAAUAUGGUGGAAUUGCAAUUUAAAUCAAAUCGGCAUCCAAAUAAUCAUAGAGGAAACAAAUCGGGAGAAAAGCAUAUCGUCCCAGCCCUUCUGUUUGUAGAGUCUACCAAAACAUGUCAGAAUGCCAACUAUCGAAAAGCAUAUUGACCAUUUUCUAUAUUGAUAUUGAGGGAAACUAAUUUUCGAUAUAUAUCGUCAUCAUUUUAUCGCCCAGCCCUAGCACUAGGACUCUUCCACUAAAUAGUAAUACGUAUUUUUUGGCAGUAUCAGGGUCUCAGUGUACGUUGCUCCAAAACCUGUACAACCUGUACAACCUGCAUGGAACGACAUACCCAUAUCAUGCUCUAUGCAAUCCUUUGACAUCAUAGAGACUGGCUUAAAAUCUCAGUGCUUAACCCUUUGGAUGGCUCCUAGCUGUCAAUUCUAAAGUCAAACUUUCAUGCUCUAGAACUCAAGACAGUUUUCCUCUUCAUUUCAGUCCAUUUUAAACAGGUUUGGGUGCAGAUAAACCCCCAUAAUGUUUAUAAUGUUCCCUCUUUGCAUAGUACAAUUUUAAUGUAGUUGAACCAUAUUCACAGAAGAUGGUAUUUGGAAGUGAUUUUGAACCCAUGUGGUGAUUUCCACUACAGAAUCAUGUCAUGCAAGGACUCAGGAGCUUAAGACCCAUUUGGUAUUUGUUUGAAACCUUGCCUCUUUUGUAAAGAGACUGCCCCAAAAUGGAACUUUUAUUGACACUCUGUACUACAAGUGUUGAAUGUGACAUCUCCCAUCUGUCUCUGGUAGCAUGAUUUGUUUUUUAGUUCAUAAAGAGACCGUUGCUCAAAGCAAUCACUAUAUAAGUUUUAUGGUUUGAUGGGUCAGGGUUAGUUAGGGUAACAGUGAUAGUAUACCACAGCAAUAAAAUAAUUCCGUUACAGUUUCUGAAUUGUAAAACACAAAAUGCCCUUAUAAGUUUGAGUGUAGGACUCUUGAGGUAAUAUGAGUGGUAAGGCUGUGAGUCAAACUGGCGGGAAGAAGAGAUCAGAGUGUUGUUGUGGUGAAUCAAAAUGUCUGUUUGGUGUCAGUGAUAAUUGUAUUGAAUUAUAUUCACAGAAAAUGGUAUUUGGAAGUGAUUUUAAACCCAUGUGGUGAUUUCCACUACAGAAUCAUGUCAUGCAAGGACUCAGGAGCUAAAGACCCCUUAAGUAUUUGCUUUGAAGCCUUGUCUCUGUUGUAAAGAGACUGUUCCAAAAUGGAACCUUUAUUGACACUAUGUACUAGGGCCCGACCGAUGUGGAUUUUUUGGGGCUGAUACUGAUUAUUGGGGGGGGGGGGGGUCUGAUUACCGAUUAAUCAGACUUUUUUUUUAUUUUUUUUUUAUGAAGUUAUCGAAAAAAAAAAGUAGUUAGUGGAUGAAGAUUGUCAUGAGGUCGCUGAGCUAUCUAAAGGAUAAGUCGGGGAAGUUUUAAAAUGGCGGAACAUUUUCGAAGUGAAACCGAAUCUUAUUCACUGCAUUUUAUUUCUGUAAAAAUUGUCGAGUUUUGGCUGAUUGCCGAUUAGUCUCAAAGGGCUAAAAUUGGCAGAUUAAAUCGUCUCACUGAUAAAUCGGUUCGGGCCCCACUAUGUACAACAAGAAUUGAUUGUGACAUCUCCCAUCUGUCUUUUGAUAGCAUGGUUUGUUUCGUAGUUCAUAAGGAGACCUUUGCUCAAAGCAAUCACUAUAUAGGUUUUAUGGUUUGAUGGAUUGAUGGCCACUUAAUGUUUGACUUAGCUGUGUGAGCAGGAAUUAGUCCCAAAGGCUCUUUAUAUACCAGAAAUUUUCUGGAAAAAUGGACCACUUGAUAAUGAGUUCACAAAUUCUAGCAGUCAGAUUCAAUGGUCUUGAAACUUGUUUUGGCUCCAGGGUUUUUUUUGUCCUUGCAGGCUCUGCAAGUCUCUCAGCCCAGCAUUGUCACUUGACAUUAUAUCAAUAUUUAACUACCCAGCCCCACUCAUUUAAACAUUUGUACUUAGUCUCCUAGUAAUGACAGCGGUUUCUAGUUUGGAGGGAGAGACACGUGGCUGUAUUCAUGCACAUUUGUACCAGUCCAAUAAAUUAUUUAAUAUAUCUCCAUUAAAUCAGGGCAGAUUUUAAAACAAUGUAAAGUUGUUCUGAGCCACUCAGAGUUAAACUGGGAAGAGUCAUAAAGCAGUGUGAUACAAAGUUCACUUAUGUUGUCAAAUGGUCACAAGGUGGAAUCACACCAAUUUAUAAAAACAUGUGAACAAAAUUGUCAGUUUAAUACGGAGCCAGAUAUGGACAGAAAAAAACAGCCACAGUCAUAGACCGCUAAAAUCUCUGAAUAUUGUUAUCACAAUGACUUGGGAAAACAAAAGUUUACAAUGUACAUUUCUUUUAAGGUUUAAUGUUGUCGUUUCCUUUCAGAACAUGUCCCUCCACUGCCACGACUGUGCACUGGUCACAAGCUCCAGCCACGUCCUGGGCACGGGAGCAGGAGAAGAAAUCGACCGUUCAGAGUGUGUGAUACGAAUGAACGACGCCCCGACGAUGGGCUUCGAGUCUGACGUUGGGAACCACACCACACUGAGGGUGGUAGCCCACUCCAGUGUGUUCAGGGUGGUCCGCAGGCCUAAUGAGUUCCUGCAACGAACUGACAGCAACCCUGUGAUCAUCUUCUGGGGACCCCCUAAUAAGAUUGGAAAGGAAGCCAAAGGAACCUUGUACAGAUUAAUCCAGAGAGUCAGCACAACCUAUAGCAACCUGUCCUGUUUUAGUGUCACGCCCAGUAAGAUGCGCAGAUUUGACAAUCUGUUUCACAGGGAGACAGGGCGAGACAGGUCAGUGUCCUGAGUAAUGCCCUUUUGUUGUUGGUGCCAGUCUCACAUUGGGCUUAUGCAAUGUUCACUAACUCUGUUUGUGAUGUUUUCUCUCUCUCAGACAGAAGUCUCACUCUUGGUUGAGCACCGGCUGGUUCACCAUGGUCAUAGCCAUCGAGAUGUGUGAUAAUAUCAAAGUUUACGGGAUGGUUCCACCGAAUUACUGCUUGUGAGUAUAAUGUUUACAUUAUUUCUCCAGUGUAGACUUAUUAAAGGAGCAGUGUUUAAGAUUUAGUGGUAUCCAGAUUCUUACUUGCAGUAUUAAUCGAUCUGACAGUUACUCCACUAACUCUCCUUAAAGCCUGUGGGGAAACUGUAUGUCUGUGCAAAAAAAGCAGAAACCUACUCUGAAGCCAGUGUUUGCCUUCUCCUAUCUAGUCUGCUGAAUAAAUCACAGAGCUGGACUGUAAACAAGAAGCAGACACAGCCUGUUUUUAAAAUUAAGUCAGCGCAGGAGUGUACUGUCUGAUGCUGUGGGUGUAAUUUUCAUCCAUAGUGGGACUAUUAUUAACAUUUUUCAGCUCUAAAUGUGAAGUGUAUCAUAUUAAAUACAAGUGUGGCCAUGCCAAAGGGGGCAGUUUGUACUGCUAUUAAGAAUGCCUUACACAGUCUAGUUUGUAUAUGAUUAUAUUAUACUAGCUAAAGUAGGGCCCGACCGAUAUGGAUUUUUUUGGGGCCAAUGCCGAUUAUUGGGGGGGGGGUCCAAUUAAUCAGACGGUUUUUAAAAUUUUUUAUUCAGUUAUAAAAAAUAUAUAUACUGUAGCUAUCUACAGUAUACAAUAUACUGUAGAUAUACUGUAGGCUACUGCUCUUCACGCCGACAGGAAGACCGACUGAUCAAACUCGGACCAGAAAAGUGUUUUCAACUAUCCCCGCCAAUAGGUGCCUCCUGGUCUUAACUCGCGUUACACAUUUCCGGUCCGGUUUCAUCUGGAGACAUGCAGCUGCCUCAGUAAGAGAAGUAGCUCGAUCAUGUAAUGUGUACUGUUGUUUAUUCUGUCAUUACUGGCACGGCUAACAGUGUAGCAAGGCUAAUAGCAUGUGGCUAACUCUAACUUUAGCUUGCAUAUUACAUGGUGCUUCACUGUUAACUCGGCGUGACCAAGACCAGCACAGCAGGGAACAUCAUGAAGUGGGUUGAACUUAUACUUGAUGACUUAUUGUGUAUUUUACAAACCGGUUUAUUUACCGUUGAGGUGGACCACUCUCCUCCGUGCGUCCCUGAGCUGCCUGCUUCAGAUCCUUCACUCUGCUGUACUGUGUGGUAAUUAGUGGAUGAAGAUUGUCAUGAGGUCCCUGCGCCAUCUACAGGAUACGUGAAACCGAAUCUUAUUCUCCACAUUUUGUUUCUGAAAAUAUCUGCGAAAAUCAUCAAGUUUUGGCCGAUUACCGAGUAGUCUCAAACGGGCUAAAAUUGGCCGAUUUAAUCAGCUCACCGAUAAAUCAGUCGGGCCCUGAGCUAAAGGGCUAAGAGUGUUUUCUAGACCACAACCUGAUCUUUCUCUGGAUAAUCUCUGUCCAUAGUCUGUAUGGCUGCUCAUCCACCCAGGACCUGUGAAAUGACCACAGCUUGUCCGAAUAUUAAGGUGUAAGUGAUUUAGGAUCUGGAACACUGUAAAAAUAUAUGAUAAUGAUCUGUUUUCCCACCCUGUGUGUGAUGUUACAUGAAGAUGGCUGCUGAAGAGAUGUAGUCUAUAGGUGUAGCUGAGUCAACUGCCAGGCAGGUGGGAUGUAGCUGUUUUUCACAUUACCUCCUCCUCUUUCCCCGUUGCAGGGUUUACAGAAAGUGAGGUUGAGUCUCCAAUAUCUUUUGGCUCAAAAAAGCCUCAUUGUAAAGAAAUGGUUGGCGUCACUGAGACUGUUGGAAACUGAUUCCAUGUCCAUAGAGUAUGAACACAACCCCCACAUCCAAACAGGAUUUUUUUUUCCUCUUGUUUCAAAAAUAGUGUGGGUGGCUACAUCUGCUUCUGGUAUGCAGGCGGUGGUGGGAACAUUGCAAAACACUCAAAUGGGAGAUAUAAAAAACUCACCCCAAACAAACACACUUCCUGUUGUUUCAACAUUUUAUCAAAUCAGGUUAUUUGACUGUAUAACUGAUGAAACCCUCUCAUUUCCAGGAAAAAACCUGGAUCCAAAAAGAUGCCCUACCACUACUACAAGCCCAGGGGACCCGAUGAAUGUUUAACAUACCUUCAGAAUGAGAGCGGCCGCAGAGGGAAUCACCAUCGCUUCAUUACAGAGAAACAGGUGUUUGCACGCUGGGCCAAGCAGUACAACAUCACCUUCACUCAUCCCAAAUGGUGAAAAGACUGAUGAGAGAGAUCUCCCUGAGUGCUUUGAGCUGGAUUUCACUCUAACUUCCCUCUGAACGAGCUUCAAACAGCCUCGUGAUGAAUGACGGCUAUUAUCAGACACGCCGGAAGAAUGAAGCUUUCUGGAAAGAGCUAUUAUUUUUGGACCAAAGGACUGAGGAGACUUAUGGGAGGGGGGGUUCCUCUUCCUAGAGGAGAGCAGAACGACAACAUGUUGAGGCAUCUAGAAAGAAUAUACUCCUACGAGGACAAAAGUGUUUUUGUAAAUAGAAACUAAAUGAUUUUUUAUAUGUUUUUAAAACAAUUAUCAAUCAAAAAUGCACUUGUGUUUCCCGUGUUGUGGGAAAGCUGUGACUAAAUUGGUACACAAAACUAUAUCUUAUUAGCUGUAUAUUUGCUAUGUGAGCCAUGUGAAAUGUUCCAGAUUUGGCGUUUAUAUUUCAGAACUGCUGCAAGGAUUAACAUCAACAAGUAUUACACUUUUAAAGUCAGCCUAAAACAUGACAUUUUAUUAUCCUGCAGUGCAACAGUGUUAGGUAUUUCAGCCACAGCAUCUCUUAAAAACUCACAUAUAAGACAGAAAAAUGGCAACACUGAGCUUCUGGUUUAAAAUCAAACACUGCGAAGAAUCUGAAAGGGAUUCUUGGUGCUACAGAAAAAUUGUGGUGAUUGUAUUUCACAGAAAGAAGAUUUGAUCAUCAGCCUAAUUGGUGUGAUUUCAGCCUAAUUUAACAGAUGUUGGGAUUGUUUGAGGAAGCAUGAAAGUUCCCCUUUAGUUUUAGAGAUGUAUCAACUUCUCCUUUCUACAGCAUCAAAUGACUCCUGUUUAUUUUUUUGUUUUGUUAUUGCACUAGACUGACCACAUCCAGAAUCAGAGAUUAUACUGCACCAACUUUAUAGUCUAGAUAUAGAUUUUAUCAUUAUAUAAGAUUUAUUUCUAGCCUCUGUUCUCUGAAUUUGGAGAUAUUUUAACUUGUUUUGGACAGGUUUACAGCACUCUAUUUUCAACUGAAUGUUUAGAGAAAUAAUAAGAGUCUAAAACUGUCACAUUGUGAAUUAAAACCUUUUUACCUCGGUGGCUUUCCAGUGCAUGCAGAUUCAGCUCUAAGACCCAACAGGAUGCACUGUGCAUUGUGUAGUGUAUCAAAGUACUGCUGCUAAAGCGAAAAGGAAACCAAUUGUAUCUGUAUUUAAUUUCAGAGGAAGGAAAUGAUGCAGUUUUUAAAAUGCAGCCCCUUUUGCAAGAAAAUAUGUAACCUUUUGCACGUUUUUGGCUGCUUGUUUUUUAAUUUGUGACUAAUGAAUGAACAUUAAAUUCACUGACUGUUAUGCCACAGAAAAAAAAGGUUAACUUGCUAUUUACAAAGAUGCUAUUUGCGAUAAACAUGGCAAAUUCUUAAUUCGAUGUGAUCUGACAUUUGAGAUUAUUUUACUCAUAGUUUAUUGUAAAUUUACAGCGAAGCAGGGACUGGAGAUGCUCAGAUUUUGUGUAUUUAGUGUCCUCACAAUUCAUGACUUUUCUUGUGUUUUUAUGCUUUUAUUCUGAUGAAGGGACAGUGGGUUGAGUAGGAAACGGGGAAGUAACAGAGUGGGGAUGGCCUAGUUGAAAUCAAACCUAGACUUGAGGAACAAAGCCUCAGUGUACGGUUGGGCAAUGUUACUGCUGAUCCAAACCAGAGUGACAAACUACAGGUGCCAAAAUGACCGAAAAGGUGAAAAGGUGCAGUGUGUGGAAUUUAUCUGUAUGCAACAAAUUGAACAUAGUAAUAAACAGGAUGUGGUUGUGGAGAAGUUGAUAAAUAAAAACGUGAACAUUACAGGAGCUUUUUGUCUUUAAAGGCCACUGUAGCUUCUCUGAUACAAAUGAUCUCCAUUUCUACACACUGUACCUUUAAAUGAAACCUUUCUAAAACCUUACCAGCUUCAUAAAAGGUCAUUUGCACAGCUGUUGUAUCAGAAUGUGUUUAUUUGCACUGGGCUUUAUACCAAACCUUUUCAAAACAGUUCAUCUUCAUGACUCAGAGGAUUACUGCCAGCCUCCCUCUAACCUCGCAUUAAGAUGAAAUCUGUGCCUGCUUUCUUGUCUAGUUAGAAAUAAUGAUACACUCUUAUAAAAGGUUAUAUGGAUGCAUGCAGCAUGUGUUUUAACAGGGAGGUAAAUGGAUCAAGACACAAUACCAGAGCUGAAAAGGCCUUAAUUCUUGGACUUAAAUGUGCCACUCCUCCACUGCAGGCAUGUGUAUGAACUGGUUUGAUAACCUGAAACUGACUAUGGUGGGUUUUUUUCAAUGUCUCAUUCUGCACUGACUGUCAAAAACCAACAGUAAGCUUUAGAUAAAUAUGACACACGUCAAUGUCAGUCUGUGGAUUUUUUAUUUUAAAUAUGUAUAAUUUGUUGAGCAAUUCAGAAACAAAACGUACAGAAAUAAAACUAACACAAGAGGAGUUUGAAA